UUGACAACUGGCCAUCUGCCUAGCCCAUGGAAGGUUAGAUUAUUGGUCGAGGAGUACUUCAAAAAUAUACACCCUCUCCGCUGCUUUGCUUUCAUUCACCGGCCUUCAUUUCUGCAGAAGUUGGAGAGGCAAAGCACGAAAUCAUAUCAAAAACAUGCAUUACUUCACAUUAUUUGCGCCCUGGGUGCCCAUGAAACUGUUAACUCUCUCUCAUCGGAAUUUAUACUGAUGGCUGGAAACGAGUGGGCGAAGGAGGCCCAACGUCUUAUCCUGGAGACACUUGACGCGGUCAAAGUCGAGAAUUUGAUGGCAGCCGUCUUGCUACACGAUUACGCAGUUCGCAUGGGAAACUUUUCCAACGCAUUCAUGCUCAGUGGACUCAUUGCCCGCAUGACACAGGCAUUACAAAUCAAUUUGGAGUAUAACACCGAUCUUCUUUGUCAAAAUGGGGAUUCCUCUCCCUCAGUGACUGAGAGAGAAUCGCGUCGGCGUCUCAUGUGGAGUUGUUAUGUGAUGGAUGCGCUAGUAGGCAGUGGUGUGGAUCAGCUGACACUAGUACAUGAGAGCGACUUGAAGAUUCAACUCCCCUGCAAUGAGCGAAACUUUACCCAGCAGAUCCCAUGUUUUACUGAAACCCUGAGUCCUGGAAAUUGGCUGAAGUUUCUUUCUGUAAAUUUGGACGCUGAUGCUCUCCUACCCAAUAUGGGAAUUAUGGCAUACUUUAUACGGCAUAUCUCAAUUCGUAAAAGACAUCUUAACGAUGCUAUAGUUCCGUGGGAUCCCAGUUCAGAAUUCGCAGCUCUGGAUGCAGACUGUCGUGGGUGGUAUGAAUCCUUACCUCAGAGCCUCCAGUUUACUCCCGAUGCAACAUACAUCAGAAAGGACUCCUCGCAGCUAGGAGCCCUUUGUGUACUUCAUUGUGCUCAUUUUCAAACUAUUUGUGAUUUGUACAGGCUGGGGGCACCUGCACUUUAUAAGUUACGCGCGGCGUUCGACUUUCCUCCAGAACAACGGGGCUUUCUUCGCCAUUUACAACAAGUAUUAUUUGAUGCUGCAAGAACAUUGGCGACAAUAGUUGGAGAAACAGCAAAUCAUGGAUCACGAAUGCUAGCCGAUUCGUGGCUUCCAACAAUUACCUAUGACAGCUGCCGGAUCAUGGUCUAUCAUCUAACACAGAUCCUCGAUCCACGCACCGAGGAUACAAAAAGACUCACAGUUGAGACACUUCCUCUUUUGCACCGCAAUAUCAAUUGUCUACGGUUGAUGGGUUCCCUCAGUGUAAUUUCCAACUCACUGAGUGUUCCAGGAACACCAGUUCAAAGUGCGCCGGACUACGUUCUCAAUCCGUUAUCCAUUUUCAGAAUGGCUCGGAAGUCUAUACCGGAGAGACAUGCUCCAGAAAAGGGGGGAACAUCGUCAGCGGCAAAUAGCGCCAGACCAGACUCUAAUUCUGAUGUGGAUCCAAAUCUAAAUGAAAUGUUUGACAGAAAUACGGAUUCCGGUUUUUCAAAUGAGCCGGAGCCAGCAUUAGAUCAGUCCAGCCUUGAAGAAAUCCAAACGCUUUUCAUGUCUGAUCUGGGUUGGGCAUGGCAGCCUGCAGACACGGCUGUAGGAUCAGGUAUCGAGGCAGCUGGGCUAUUACCAUGGGCCGGAGGAUAUCCUACAACGCAAACAGAACCAUGGGUUCCUGCUUUUCCAUUUCCACGGCAGGGCUAG